AUGUUACCAGUCAACAUAACUAAAUUAGAUUCAUCAGGACUGACUUUGUUCAAAUCAAUUGAAGUUGUCAAUACUACAAGAGAAACCCUCAAAAUGGCUAACGGAAAAGUAGAAAAAGAAAUUAACGACAAAUUUCAGAACGUUAUUGCUGUUGUGGGUCUGUUAGCCAGCCAAUGGAACUCGGAUUGUUGUGACUUCUGCAUAUUUGUCAGUUAUAGAAAUUAUUUGCCAUAUAAUUCCGAAGGAGAUUUUAAUAGAACUUACAAAAAAAUCAAUCGCUCUCGACAAAAACAAAUAGAUGAUCAACAUUGGAACAUUUUAAUGGAAUCAACUAAAGAUACAGACUCUAAAAAAAUAUAUACUAUUGAAAAUGAUUCAGAAGUUAAACAAAGUGAACACUCAUUACAUAAAUACACUAACAGCCAAUUUAGCCCACAUGGUUCAGUUAAUUUACACUUAUUGCAUGAUCCUUUUGAUCUUAAUCAUAUACACGGGCUUAGAAACCGUAUGUUUAAGACAUUUAAUGAAUUUUAUAAUAUUUUAGAAAAUGCACUUCUGCCACCCGUUCUAAGAAGUGCUAAAAGAAAACUAAUUAAAAUUAAAGAAUGUGAACAACUACCAAAUAAUUACAUAUUUGAUCUCAAUUCACUGCUUUCUGAAAUUAAAAAAGAAUCAAAAAAUGAAGACCUACACAAUAAAAAAAAUGGCACAUUAAGAAAAGACUUUCAAAUUAAAUUAAUUAAAUGCUAUAAAUUAACAAUUAAUGCCACAAAGAUAUGUUCAAAAACUUUGGAAGCCGGAACUUAUAACCCUAUUCAAAGUAAAAUGAAAAAUUUGAUCCAAAUUAUAUCUGCUUUAUCGUCAACUACUGGAAAAUAUAUAUAUGGUGAAAUAUAUAAGAAAAGAAAGAAAGAAAGUUUUGAUUUAGUUAAACAUUGCAAAGAUUUAGAGAAUAUAUUGGAGGAAUCUGGUUAUAAAGACACAGACGAUGGCCAUCAUAGUAACAAUGUUGAUAACAAUAUAUUAAAUAAGCUUUCUUAUAAAGCUUUAAGUAAACCUAAAACCCAAUUGUUUUCGGCCAACUCAAAUCGAUUAAGUAUGUAUAAUCAAGAUAAACCAAAAUUGGGAUCAUAUUAUGCUCAGGGAUGGUCAAAAAAAUCAAAUGAAUUAACAAAAAAUAAAAUAGUAUCAAAAGACAAUUUAAGAAUGAAAAAUAAUUUAGACAAUGUCAAAACUGUAAUGGAAGAAUACCCUUUUGGAAAAUCAAAUGAAACAAACUAUGAAUUGUUUUUUAAAAAGAUACAGGAUGAAAAAUUAAUUGAUACUAAUGAAGCAAUUCAAUUUCCAACUGCUUCAAAAGUAUUUAAGUCAAACCAAUUAACAAUAACCAGUAAUGUUGGUCUAUUCAUUGUAAAAGAAAACAUCUGGAGAAAUUUUCCCAUUAAAAAUUUAAGACUUUCUCAAAAUGGAUCUAUGCUUUUAAACAUAGCUCAGGAACAUGCAAAUAAUAAUUAUUUAUAUAAAAUAAAUUUCAAACAAAAAUCAUUAACAACAGAACAUGAUGUUAAUAUUUUAUCCAAAAUUACAGAAUCAAUUAUAGACGAACUGAUAAAUGAAGUUUUGUCAAAAAUAAAUUAUGAUGUAAUAAUCAAAAAACUAAUAAGAAUGGAACUGCAGCUUGAAUAACUUAAA